AUUAAAUGGUAAUCAAACUAACAAUCAAAGCUAACAAUGUCGUAGUAAGCUCUAUUGAAAACCUUUGUUUAGUAAUUAUUGUUAUAUUAUUUGCUUGUUUUCAUUUCUUUAAGAAAUGUCUUUGAUUUUGUGGAGAUCAUACUCUAAAGCAAGAAACAAUUUUUUAUCGUGUGGAAAUAAUUGCAGUUCCUUUUCGUCGCUAUACACUUAUUUUGUUCGAACAUUUAGUGAUGAGAAGUCUUGUGGUCCAGAAUUUAGUAAUAGCACCAUUUUUAUUGAAAAUGGCUUUAAUGUUCACGAACUACCCGUAGUUGUGAGAAAAUUAAAAGAUUUGGAACAUUUAAAUGUCUCUUCGUCGAAGGAAACUUCACCAUCUACAAAUGAUUCCCUCAGUUAUCACCUCAUUCAAGAAGAGUUUAAGCAAUGUACCGACUUACGUGAAGUCUUUUCAUUAAUAACAAAAUGUACAAAAAUAACUCCUAAUAUUGCACUGGGGGCCAUUGAAAGAAUAUAUGAUUUAGAAAAAGAUGGAAACCUGAUUUUGCCUACAAAUGAAAGUAUUCAUAUUAACUUUGCUAAAGGUGCUAUAUUAGAAAAACUAUUAAAAGUUGUUAUGAAGAGUGAAGACACACAGACAAUACUUAAUGUGCUUAAGACAACCUCGUCCAUUAUGGAGCCUCAUAAACAUAAGUUUUGUGAUGAACUAUUUUUAAGAGUUAUUGAAAAUAAGUUAACAGUAGAGCAGUUGUGUGAAUUUGCAUUGUUUCUUAUAAAAAAUAGUAAUCAACAAAAUUAUUCAGAAAAAAUUGAUAAGUUAUGGGUUGGGUUUGUUGAUAAGGAGAAAGAGAUAAAUGAAAAUAACAUAGUACAUAUAUUCUAUGUAUUACCAGGUUUGAAGGUCAGUAAAAAAACAAUUCUAGCAUUGCUAGAGCAGAAAUUAUCAGAACUGUGGUGUAAAAUAAAGGUCCCAGUUAUGCAAGAAAUUUUUAAUAUAUUUUUAGUGGAGAAAUACUUCUCUUUACAGUCCUUUGCAGUUUUAGGACACUGGUUAUAUACAAACAUUCAUGCUUUAAAAGAUGAUGAACUAUUAGAUGCUAUUACAAAAUUUACUCGACUCAAGUACACAGAUCACCAAAUUGAGGCAGCAGUUGAAAAAUUCUUAAAAUUUAAGGCAUCAAAAAUAAAAUCGCAGGUUUUGGUCAUAGGUAUUUUGAAUUACUGUAUGCAAUUUCAAUUGUGUAAUAGAAAUAUUCUCAAAAUUAGUAGUCAAUAUUUAUUAAAUAACAUAAAACAGGUACCAUCCAGUUUCUUGAAGCCUUUUAUAUAUCCGUUCGGUUAUUUGUGUUUCAAUCCAGGUUCUGAGUUUUGGUCAUCAGUAGAAGAAGUGCUUCUGGAGAACUGUUAUAAGAUUAAAAUUGACGAUCUAAGCUUAAUAAUUCUCUCUCACAUAUAUUCUGGACAGUACCCAUUAAAAUUAGUAUAUAAAAUAUUUAGUCCGGAAUAUUUAGCUAAAAUAAAUAAUAAAGAUGUUUUAAAAAAACUGUAUUUAAUUGAUACAGCAUUAUCACUAGAGUGUAAAGAAUAUUUGGGACCACUAUUACCAAAGGACCAGUGGUUUAAGCCUGUAUUACAAGAUUGUAGAGUUAAGAAUAUUUUAGAGAAAAUUAAGGAUAAUAUUGUAGCAGUAGUUGGAGAGUUUUUAGAAUUAUCAACAGCUGUUGUUUUGCCAAAUUAUUGUUCAGACGAAACUUACUUAAUUGAUGUUAUGUUACAUCCAACUGGACAAGGGGAUAAUACUUUCAACUGGAAAUCUCCUUUGUUGAAAAAUGGUAGUAUAGCUGUUCUCAUACAUUUACCAGAUCAUUAUUGUUCUGAUAAUGAACUGUUGAUUGGACCUCAGGUCAUGAAGAAAAAACACUUGAAGAUAUUGGGGAUGAAAGUAGUAAGCUUGAAAUACUCUUUACUUAGUCAAUUUUAUACAUCUCAUGAUAAUGUGACACUCAGAAAAUAUCUCAAAGAUAGAAUUGACAAUGCAGAGUCUGCUUUGUAAGAUUAUUUCAGAUGUAUAGUGCAGCUAUAAAUGUGUUGGGAAAUUAAAUGUGAGAUGUAUAUGAUGAUAAAAUGUGUAUCAUGUUA